AUGGCGAAUAUACGUGAUACCCUGUGGGACACCGGGCGCGACGAGACCGUCGAGGUGAAUCAGCGCGCUCUCAUCGACAAAGUCCUCGCGCGAUACUCGGGCGAGUUCACCGUCUUCCGCGAGCUUCUGCAGAACUCCGACGACGCGGGCUCGUCCGCCGUGGAGAUCCACUUCGAGACGAGGGCGUACGCGGAGAAGACCAAGGCGGCCGCGUCCUCGUCGUCUUCCCCAGCGGACGCGGAGCCUUCGGAGGGCGACGAGUCUACUCGGACGGACAAAGCAAGGGAGGACCUGCCGGAUUUGAAGACAGUCCAG